AUGCCAAAUCUACUACAAUCCAUUCUUAAUCGCAAUAGUCGUGUGCAGAAACGUCUUCCAGUCAUAUCACCCCUUGGUGGGAAAUAUCCUCAACUAACCCGAAGUAAUCUUCAUCAGAUGACGCAAUCUUGGUACAACCAGGAUUACCCCGUCUUCAUGAAUGGUAACAGUGUUUUGGACCGACCUCGAAGAAGGCCACAGUCACUGAUUGUUUCACCAGAUCCGAAUACUAUGUGGGACUUUUCUCGACGUCCCAGUUACUCAAUGUUCGGCUCAAUUCCAGAACAAGGACAAAAUGAGCUUGUCUCGAAUAGCCUGACUGUGGCGCAAUCAUAUGGAAAUUUGCCUGAAAAUGACACAACGCUGGAGGCUUUACCAGAUCCCAAAGAGACGCAGCAAAAGAGUUGUCAAAAGACAAAUUCCACCGAUAAUACCACUUGA